AAAAAUACACGUAAAUAUCAUAAUUAACCCAAGUUAGUAUAAAUACGUGACCGGAUCCGAAAAAUUGGAUCCACCGGAUCGGAGGGAAAAAAAAACAAACCCGUGACGCCAUUAACGAAGGUCAAGCUUGCUUGCAACCACACAAUGCAUUCUCCUCGUAAGUUAUUCCACGCGCGGUCAUCACUCGCCACGCGCCGAUCAACGGCACUUGUCGUAUUAACUUCCUUAGCUAUCGGAAUCGCCGGUUUUACAUUUGGACUCGCCGUGAUUCUUUUACCGGGUCUCCGAUUAACCGGUCGUAAUUGCUUGACGAACACUCCUCCGAAGACGGUACGAGUCGUUUGGGACGUCGCCGGAAAUAGUAAUGGCGUUGUUGGUGGCGAGAGGAAGAGGCAUAAGGUUAUGGGAUUCGUUGGUAUUCAAACCGGAUUUGGAUCUGCUGGCCGGAGACGAUCACUUAGGAAGACAUGGAUGCCGUCAGAUCCAGAAGGACUUCGACGUUUGGAAGAAUCUACGGGAUUAGCCAUCAGGUUUAUGAUAGGGAAAACCAAAAACGAGGCGAAAAUGGCUGAGCUUAGAAGGGAAAUCGCAGAGUAUGAUGACUUUGUUCAGCUAGAUAUCGAAGAGGAGUAUAGUAAGCUCCCUUACAAAACUUUGGCUUUCUUCAAAGCUGCAUAUGCGCUUUAUGAUUCUGAAUUCUAUGUCAAAGCUGAUGAUGAUAUAUACUUGAGACCAGAUCGACUCUCUCUACUAUUGGCAAAAGAGCGGAGUCACUCUCAAACGUACCUAGGAUGCUUGAAAAAGGGUCCGGUUUUCACAGAUCCUAAGCUUAAAUGGUAUGAACCAUUGUCUCAUCUGCUGGGAAAAGAGUACUUUCUUCAUGCUUAUGGUCCGAUUUAUGCUCUCUCUGCUGAUGUGGUAGCAAGUUUGGUUGCCCUCAAGAAUAAUAGUUUCAGGAUGUUUAACAACGAGGACGUAACAAUAGGUGCGUGGAUGCUGGCAAUGAAUGUCAACCACGAGAACCAUCACAUCCUUUGCGAACCAGAAUGCUCGCCUUCCUCUGUUGCUGUUUGGGACAUCCCUAAAUGCUCAGGUCUUUGUAACCCAGAGAAAAGGAUGUUGGAACUUCACAAGCAAGAAAGCUGCUCGAAAAGCCCGACUUUGCCAUCAGAUGAUGAAUGAUAGAUAUUAUUUCUCUUAUUGAAUGUUCUUAUAAACCUCUUCUCGCUGGUCGAAGCUCUAUCACUUGCAGAUGAAUUCGUUUUGCAGCUCGAGCCUGAACAAGUUUUACCAGCUGCUCAAUGUCUUUCUUCACAUCUUCGGCAUUCUCUCCCUCAGUUGCCUGAUACUUCUUUACUUGCGCUGACUGACAUCUUGGAACCAAGUUUCUUGACCUCGAGCUUAUUUUGUGAUGCAGUAUUUUGUAGUUUCAGUUUGUUCGCUUGAAUUCGGCUAUCACCUAACAGAAAAGAAAAUCAAAACAUAGACCAUAGUUAAUUUCGGAUGACAUAUAUGGAUAUAAAAAUUAACUUGUCAAAAGAGUCUGCGGUGCAAAUGUAAUUUUCUAUAUCAUCUUCAGUGAAAUUCUGAUUAUUAUUUUUUCA